UUCAAGUGUUGAGCUUGUUAAUUAGUUAAUUAGUGCUUAAUUCUACUAGGCAAGUUAUGACCAACUGUUUGAAUUGAAAACGAAAACGAAAAAAAGAAAAAAGUUCCCACAUCGCGCGAAUCUUUCCAAAGUUUCCAGAGCAUCCGAACCAUCGCGAACUUUAGAUACCUACACAUCUAUUUACAGACAUAUAGCUUCAUUUUGAAGAAAUAAUUUGAAUUUCCGUCUUUAUUAGAUACCAAUUCGAUUUUGCGCUGCCAUACCAUGAGGCCAUGAAUGCGUUAACCAUCUGUGAAUCUCUUCAUAUAAACUUAACUUGGGCAAUCGAUCCAUGUUGAACACGCCGUUCUCUACCUGACGAUAUUUAUAUUCAGCAUAUUACUAGACAUAUCACCCAAUAUGCAUUUCCUCACAGUAUUGGCCGGUUAUGCCGCCCCAAUGUUCCUCAUUCUAUCCCCGAUCUUGUCCUAUUCCGAUCAAGCAAUAUCUAUGCACAGAGCAAGGUCGAGCGCCGGCUUCUCGCUGGACAUCCCUCUGAUCAUGCUUGUUGCGUCCAUAUUUAGAAUUUUCUACUACCCAGGCGCGAAAUUCGAUAUAGCGUUGUUGAUUCAGUCAUUCUGCAACAUUUUUAUCCAACUUAUUCUUCUAAAGAUUGCACUCGAUCACCGACCACCACCAUCAUCUAAAGGAGGAGAGGCUGCGCUUCCUUUUGCAGGCGCACAAGAUGGGCUUGCAGGAUUUCAACGGCCAUAUAACUUUUGGCAGUGGCGGUCACCAAAACCUUAUUGGCAAUUCCUGAUAGCACUAUUUAUCAGCUUGACCGUCCUUGAACUGCUCCUUGCCCCAUUUGAUUCAAUUUAUUCAGGAUAUUCGGAUUUGAUAGGAUAUAUUGGCUUGUCCAUCGAAGCGACAUUGCCCCUCCCGCAGCUCCUCGCUAAUGCGCGCUCGCGAUCUUGCAAAGGGUUUCGGUUUUCUGUGUUGGUGAGUUGGUUAAUCGGAGAUUCCAUGAAGAUGUUUUGGUUCUUUACCUCUACUACUGCGAUUCCGUGGGCUUUCAAAGUCUGUGGUAUCUUCCAGGCUAUUUGCGACUUCAUGCUAGGCGUCCAGUACGUAAUGUAUGGCGACAAACAGCCAAUGAUAAAAGCACAGCAGGCGUGGCCUUAUGUAGGCACCAAGCCACAUCGUGCUGGAUCACACACCAGCGGACGACUUACACCAUCACCAACUGGGAGAAGGACUCCGGCGUUGGGGGAAAAGACAAUUUGAGUAGAUGAUGACUUUCAAGUUAGCAACCCACCCUGCCACUAUUCUAAUACAGCCUUUCCUUGAAUGUGAAUGUGACUGUGACUAUGAUAAGCCAUGUGUGGAUGUACAUACAUACAUACCUGGCAGAGUCCAGUCCAGAUCUACAUGUAGAGCUCAGUAGUUGUGAAAGCAAAAGCAAAGUCUGAAUGUCUUCAGCGGGCCUAGAACUGUUCACGGAUGCUUGCUUUUGAUCGCUAAACCAUGAUGGUGAGCUCGGUCAGAGAGAGGCUAUCAUAUUUACAAAUAGUGACAGCAUUAUCACAGUCUUAUGAUGAGAUCAAAGUCGGCCCCAUUCAAGUUGCAUGAGAGUCCUAAGUUAUCGUUGACAGAGAGGAGAGAUGAGGGAAUAGAAAAAGAAAAAAGACGACAGUCCUUCUACAUAUAACUGAUAACUGCAAGUCUACCCAUGUUACGGCACACAUG